AUGUUUAUCGUGGGUCUUACUGGUGGACUGGCAACUGGCAAAAGCACAGUGCUUUCUAUAUUUCGUGAAAAUGGUAUAGCAGUAAUAGAUGCUGAUGAAGUUGCUCGGAAAGUUUUGGAGCCAGGAACAACAGCCUGGCAAGAACUGAGAAACUAUUUUGGAGAUGAAGUGCUAAGUCCGGAUGGUAAAGUUAACAGGCUUCGAUUGGGUGAAAUAGUUUUUGAUGAUAUAGAAAAGAGAAAAAAACUGAAUGCAAUAACACACCCAAGAAUCCAAAGUGCAAUGGUAAAGAUGGCUGUGUCAUACUUCUUUACUGGACACAGAUAUAUUGUAAUGGAAGUGCCUCUGUUGUUUGAAACUGGCAAAAUGUUAACCUUCAUGCAUAAGAUAAUCACGGUGGUAUGUGAAGAUUACCAACAGCUUGAGAGAUUAUGCAAACGGAAUGAUUUCUCUGAAUAUGUAGCCAAGAAAAGAAUAAAUUGUCAAAUGCCUUUGGAACAUAAAGUAGCAAAAUCACAUUUUGUGAUAGAUAACUCUGGAAACUUUUUUAAUACAAGAAAACAAACAGAAAGUAUAAUAAGAACUUUAAAAAGAUCAAAGUUUACAUGGUACUUUCGGGUUAUAUUUUUUAUAACAUUUUUAUCACUUUUAUUUGGUGUUGCUCACAUGGUCAAUAAUUUUGUUAGUAGUAGAAUUUAA